CGCCUGACCUCGGCCAGGGACCCCAGCCACCGCCCCUCUGCUGUCCGCCGCCGCCUCUGUUCCUGUUACCCCAACGCACCACGGAGCUCGGCCCGCCCCGAUCCUCUGUCCCAAGGGUGGCCCCGAGUCUGCCGCGGAUUGGAGCUCCCCUAGGUCGUACUGUGAGUUCCCAGCGAGUACGGUGGCUGGAAGUGAUUAAGAAUGGGCUUUCCUGGACCGUUAGUGCGACAGAAGAAGACUAUACUGCAGAGACUUUUCUGAAAUUGGCCUUGAAGCGUAUGUUGAAUUUUAAUCUUCCUCCUAUUAAAAACAGCACAGGAGAACCUGUAUGGAAGGUUCUCAUUUAUGACAGAUUUGGCCAAGAUAUCAUCUCUCCUUUGCUGUCAGUGAAAGAGCUGAGAGACAUGGGCAUCACCUUGCAUCUGCUUUUGCAUUCUGAUCGAGAUCCUAUUCCAGAUGUUCCAGCAGUAUACUUUGUAAUGCCAACAGAAGAAAAUAUUGACAGAAUGUGCCAGGAUCUUCGAAAUCAGCUUUAUGAAUCAUAUUAUUUAAAUUUUAUUUCUGCUAUUUCAAGAAGUAAACUGGAAGAUAUUGCAAAUGCUGCCUUAGGGGCUAGUGCAGUAACACAAGUAGCAAAGGUCUUUGAUCAGUAUCUCAAUUUCAUUACUUUGGAAGAUGAUAUGUUUGUACUGUGUAAUCAAAAUAAGGAGCUCAUCUCUUAUCGUGCCAUUAACAGACCAGAUAUAACGGACACUGAAAUGGAGGCCAUUAUGGACACUGUGGUUGACAGUCUCUUCUGCUUUUUUGUUACACUUGGAGCUAUUCCUAUAAUCAGAUGCUCAAGAGGAACUGCAGCAGAAAUGGUGGCAGUGAAACUAGAUAAGAAACUCCGAGAGAACCUAAGAGAUGCCAGAAACAGUCUUUUCACGGGUGACACACUUGGGGCUGGACAAUUCAGCUUCCAAAGGCCAUUGUUAGUCCUUGUUGACAGAAACAUAGAUUUAGCAACUCCACUACAUCAUACUUGGACAUACCAGGCAUUAGUGCAUGAUGUACUGGAUUUCCAUUUGAACAGAGUUAAUCUAGAGGAAUCUUCAGGAAUGGAAAAUUCUCCAGCAGGGGCUAGGCCAAAGAAAAAGAAUAAAAAAUCAUACGACUUAACUCCAGCUGAUAAAUUUUGGCAGAAGCAUAAAGGCAGUCCUUUCCCAGAGGUGGCAGAGUCUGUUCAGCAAGAGCUGGAAUCCUACAGAGCCCAAGAAGAUGAGGUCAAAAGGCUUAAAAGUAUUAUGGGAAUUGAAGGGGAGGAUGAAGGAGCAAUAAGUAUGCUUUCUGAUAAUACAGCUAAACUAACUUCAGCUGUUAGCUCUCUUCCAGAACUACUUGAAAAGAAAAGGCUUAUCGAUCUUCAUACAAAUGUUGCAACUGCUGUCCUGGAGCAUAUAAAGGCACGGAAACUGGAUGUGUAUUUCGAGUAUGAGGAAAAAAUAAUGAGCAAGUCCACUCUCGAUAAAUCUCUCUUGGACAUGAUUUCUGACCCUGAUGCGGGAACUCCAGAAGACAAGAUGCGAUUGUUUCUUAUCUAUUACAUAAACUCAGUGCAGGCACCAUCAGAGGCUGAUUUGGAGCAAUACAAAAAAGCAUUGACAGAUGCAGGAUGUAAUCUUACUCCCUUGAACUACAUAAAACAAUGGAAGGCUUUUGCCAAGAUGGCUUCAGCUCCUACCAGCUAUGGAAACACUACAGCUAAACCAUUGGGUCUCUUUUCACGUGUUAUGAAUACAGGCUCACAGUUUGUGAUGGAAGGAGUGAAGAAUUUGGUAUUGAAACAACAAAAUCUACCAGUCACACGUAUCCUAGACAACCUUAUGGAGAUGAAGUCAAAUCCGGAGACAGAUGACUACAGGUAUUUUGACCCCAAGAUGUUACGAGGCAGUGACAGCUCAGUUCCAAGAAACAAAAAUCCAUUCCAGGAGGCAAUUGUUUUUGUAGUUGGAGGAGGCAACUACAUUGAAUAUCAAAAUCUUGUUGACUAUAUUAAGGGCAAACAAGGCAAACAUGUCUUAUAUGGCUGCAGUGAACUUUUCAAUGCUGCACAGUUUAUAAAACAGCUGUCCCAACUUGGGGAGAAAUAGGACUGAAAAACACCAUUAUUUGAAACAACCUGGCAAUUUGGAAGUGUGAAGAAAAAGAUCAUGACAACACUCAGAUGACACCCUCCUAUCUAUAACCUUGUUAUAACGUUAAAACUUAAACCGUUCCAUUAAUCUGAUAAUUUUGAAGGAAGGACCUGUACUUAACAUAGUGUAUAUGAAUAACAGAAUAACAUUUCAGAAAAUAAAACUUAAUCUAUAUUCUGUCUGCUGUAACAUUUCUGUGGUUGGUGCAUUUUACAUUUUUAGAUUGCAAAUAUGUGUAAUUAUGGUAUGUCUGGGACUUGAGUGCAAUAGAAAGUGUAGUAUGUGCAAGGCCUACAUGCAGAUAAUAGCAUUUAUCGGGUACCAUAUGUAUCCCUUAGUUCUUGUUACAGUAACUGAUGCAAUCGUUUUAAACAAAAAUUAAGAGAAAAUUGCUUAACUUGAAGAAAUAUGUUCUGUUGAAAGCCAGACCAUCUAAAUUUAUGUUAGAAAAUGGAAGAAGACAAAACUGCAUUUUUAGGCCUGUAUGUUUAUCGGGGGAAAAUUCCAGUAACAAUGUCACAAGACUGGGAAAUAGCAAAAAUAAUAAGAACCUCAUGGAUAUGUUUUGUAGAACCCAAACUAAUUUUUCAGAACCAGCUAUAAAUGAUCAAUGUUUUAAGCAUUUCAUAAGAACAUAAGAAUUGCCAUAGUGAGUCAGAUCAGUUGUCCACAGGGCCUGCUCCAGACACCAGCGUUCCAAGCUGGUGCUUGGGGCAGCAUUCUGCAAGGGGCGGCAGUCCCUGUUGUUUUGCCCCCAAGCAGCACGCCGAAUUGCUGCCACGGACAGCGGGGAGAGUCCGUGCGCCCUUAGGGCAGCUCUCGCGUUUCCGCGGUGGCAGCAGUUCAGCAGCAGCUUCUAUGUUUAGCUGUCCGCAGCAGCUUCAGCUAAACAUAGAAGCUGCCUCCGAAUUGCCGCCACCGUGGAAAUGCACCUGCCACUCUAAGGGCACACGGACGGCCCCCGCCAUCUGCGGUGGCAAUUCAUGCGCUGCUUGGGGCGGCGAAAACUGUAGAGCCGGCCCUGGUUAUCCAUCUCGACUACCAUCCCCUCUCCUACAGUGGCCUGAACCAGAUAUUUCAGAAGAAGGUGGAACAAACUCUUCAGAAAAUGGUUAUGGCAUGAACCUCAGGGAAAGUUUGUGUUCCUUACUUGUGGUAGAGAUCAGCUUGAACAUUGAAAUAUGUGAAUGUCCAAAACUAAUAUUUCUUCUUAUAAUUUCAGAUAUUCUUGUCAUCCACAUAAAUACCUAGUUAUUUUUUUAUUUUAGACUCAACAUUUUGUACCAAAGGGUUCUGCUGGCUAAUUGUGCCUUGUAUAAAAAAUAGGGCUGUCGAUUAAUUGCAGUUAAGUCAGGCAAUUAACUCAAAAAAAUUAAUCACGGUUUAAAAAAAAUAAUCAGUAUUAAUUGCACUGUUAAACAAUAGAGUACCAAUUAAAAUUUAUUAAAUAUUUGUGGAUAAUUUUCUACAUUUUCAAAUAUACUGAUUUCAAUUAUAACAAUACAAAAUGUACAGGGCUCAUUUUAUAUUAUAUUUGAUUACAAAUAUUUGCACUGCAAAAAUGAUAAAAGAAGUAGUAUUUUUCAGUUCACCUCACACAAGUACUGUAGUGCAUUCUUUUUUGUGAAAAUGCAAUUUACAAAUAUAGGGUUUUUUUUGUUACAUAACUGCACUCCAGAACAAAACAAUGUAAAACUUCAGGGCCUACAAGUCGACUCAGUCCUACUACUUAUUCGGCCAUUCGCUAAGACAAACAAAUUUGUUUACGUUUACAGGACAUAAUGCUGCCCACUUCAAAUUUACAAUGUCACCUGAAAAUGAAAACAGGCAUUCGAGUGGCAAUUUUGUAGCCGGCAUUGCAAAGUAUUUACAUGCCAGAUGUGCUAAACGUUUGUAUUUCCCUUCAUGCCUCUGCCACCAUUCCAGAGGACAUGCUUCCAUGCUGAUGACACUAAUUUAAAAAAAUAUAUAUGUUUUAAAUUUGUAACUGAACUCCGUGGGGGAGAAUUGUGUGUGUCUCGCUCUGUUUUACCCACAGUCUGCCAUGUAUUUCAUGUUACUGCAGUCUCAGAUGAUGACCCAGAAUAUGUUGUUUGUUUUAAGAACACCUUCACUGCAGAUUUGACAAAAUGCAAAGGUACCAAUGUGAGAUUUCUAAAGAUAACUACAGCACCUGAUCCAAGGUUUAAGAAUCUGAAGUGCUUUCCAAAAUAUGAGAAGGAUGCGGUGUGGCACAUGCUUUCAGAAAUCCUAAAGGAGCAACACUCCGAUGUGGAAACUACAGAACCUGAAUCAGUUUUUCAGAAGCCUUCAUUACAGUUCAUUUGGCUGUUUAAGGUUCUGAAAAAUUUUACAGCUGUUAACCUGCUCAUUCAUCUGCCUGCCCUGUCAAAAUUUCAGCAUGAAACUGGCGGAAUCCGUGGUCCCCUUAACUCACAUUUAUCUUUUUUGCAUGAUCAUUAAAUGUGUAACUGUUUUAAUUGGGUAUUGUAACAGAAACCGUUUAAAAUGUAACUUCUUCGUGAGCGCUAAAACAAAAUCACAAUACAGCUCUUACUGCUUUGUAAGUCUAAAAUUAAAAUACAUUAUAACUGUAGCACUUUAUGGUGGAUACUGGUUAUGGGGAUUUUUUUUAAAUGCUAAUUUCUCAGGUAGACUUAGCCACAGAGUACACAGGGGAGUUUCUUAAUUAAAGCAGCCUUGUAAUGGCUGGAUUAAUAUUGUCACUUCCCCAAAAUAGUAUCUCUCUACAGGAGGUAACUCUCAGCCUGCCCUAUCAAAUCAGUACCGUUUGAGAGGAGUAAAUUUCUUCCACUUAAAUAAUUACACAACAUACGAAAAGAGAGGUUCUACUUCCUGAAAUGGUCGAAUUCUUUGGGGAAGGGAGGCAACUAUUUCACAUGUGUGGUAUGUGUGUGCACAUGCAUUUUUAUAAUUUUAUUUAAGAACUCUGAGAUUCUGUGAUUUGUUGCUUUAAUGGUUGGAAUUUUUUCUUUUGUAAUAUCAAUUUUGUUCAAAGGGAAAUCCUUCUGUGAUACCAGUGAAUUCUUAGACAUCCCCACACAAGUAUUGCAUUUCAUCUACUCCUUAAAACAUGAAUACAAAGUAAUACAAGAAAACAAAUGCAUUUUAGUGCCAUUUUAUCCAUAGGAAAUAUUGGAAAUAAAAAUCAUCAUAAGAACAUAACAUGAGAAUGGCCCUACUGGGUCAGACCAAAGGUCCAUCUAGCCCAGUAUCCUGUCUUCCAACAGUGUCAAGUGCCCCAGAGGGAAAGAACAGGUUAUCAAGUGAUCCAUCCCCUGUCGCUCAUUCCCAACUUCUGGCAAACAGAGGCUAGGGACACCAUUCCUUCCCAUCCCUGGCUAAUAGCCAUUGAACAUAUGCACUCUUUCAUUAUCUCAGCUCAGCAAUUUGUCUAGUACCUGUAACUACUGGCACUUCCCAUCUUCAAAAAAAAUCAUAUUUCAGUCCAGUUCUUACACUAACCUCGUCCCUAUAGUAUCUGAGCACCAGUAGUGCAUAAAGCAACAUGACUAACAUCUGUUAUGUGUAUCUCAUCCUUGCUCUUACUCUCUACACAGUGGGGAAAUUGCAUGUGCACGUUUGUUUUUAAUAAAUUAUACUCUGCUAUGUGUUUAUAUUAGUGAAAAUGAGGUCAAAGUAGUACAUCUGGCACUUGGAAUGGAAGAGAGUGAGUGUUGAGGUGGUUCUUCAUUCCUGUGGGAGUUUGUUCCAGAAUCUUGGGCCAGCCUAUGAGAGAGCUCCAUUUGCUGCACAAGUGAGCUUUGCCCUUGUCGUGAACUGCUUCUGAGUGCUUGAGAAGCAAUGUUGUUGACCACAUACUUCAGCACAACUCUUAUAGCAAUUUCUUAGAAAUCCUGGGCCCAAGUCAUUGAGUCCCUUGGGGAAAAAAGGACCAACAUCUUGAAUUAACACACUAUUCUAUAGGAAGAAGUGUAAUGAGCAGUGGAUAACUUGUGCUCACUGUAGCACAGAUUGCUGAGGAUAUGUGCUUCUGCAUUCUACGGUAAUUGGAGUGUCCUGAUGGCUGAGAGCUUCAUGCAGAAGUAGAUGUGGUUGUGUUCAAACCAGGAAGUGACAAAGGCAUGUAUAAUUGAGCCUGGAUUGUCUGCCAGACUGGGACAGAGCCUCCUUACCAUCUGUGGUUGGCAAAGAGCAUUAUCCAUGGAUGCUGCUAUGUGAGCACUUGACAUCAGCAAGGAAUCCAGGAACACUUCUAAACUAUGGACUGAACUGACCAGUUAUGGGUGUGUAUCUUCAACCAAAGGACACUGCACCAUGGCUGCAAACUCUGCAAAAUGCCUUCCAUUGUCAAGCAGCAGAAACUCUGCUUUUUGCUUGGGUUCAGCUUCAAAUGUAUGGGCUUUUAUCUGUUUAGGACUGUUUUCAAUUUAAUAUAUGCCAGGUGAUUUUUCUUACUGAUUUCCAAGUUUGUUCAAUAUUUAAACCACAGUUUAGGCAGAUUUAGUUCCAUUUCACAUGUUCUGGAGUUAUGAUUCACAUUGUCAUGUUUUUCUAAAUUAUGCAGAACCAAGUUAAGCAAGCUUUUGCAGCCAAAUUUACCAUUCCUUAUAAUUACCACCCCUUUUUGCAGGCCGAAUUGAGUCUGAUUAACCUCUGCUACGCCUCUUCAAUUUUAGUGAAGUCCUGCCCAGAGUAUAGUGACUAGUACUGUAUAAAGCAUUAUAGUUGUGGUUCCACUUGUUACAUCCACUGCUCUAAUACCUUUUCAUCUCUAUGCAGCCUUACAAAUUCUGAUUUCUCUUUGGUUGCUCUCUGGGAUUAAUAGAAAUCAACCAUAUAGGAGAUCUUAUUGUUGUGUCAUUUGUUCUCUUCUUAACUUGUUUCCCUCGUUAAAAAAAAAAUAAAAAAAGUUUCAAAAAGGGAGAAUGUUUAAAUCUUUAGACAUGGGACACACUGUCAAAUACUCAGUAAAUUUGCUAUCUUCCAAGCAUCCAGAGGCACCUUAAAGCUUUGCUGUAGGUACUUCGUCAUUUGCUACUUGAGCAGUGCAUAUGUUUUUUUAUUAAAUAAAGCUUUAAUAUAUUUCUAAAUAAAUUUAUGGUUCCUCCCCAGCA